ACUGCGCUUUUGCCCACGUGACUUCACGCGGCCAAUUAAAUCCCCGUUCGGUGAACGCGCAUCGACACAUGCCCGCGCACGUUUCCCCGAAUAAUUUAAACACGAACGAGUACGUGCGCGCACUCAUAUUCUUUGUGUGGCAGCAUAGAGAAGCGCCAAAAGAGUGACGAUGGCUGAUGAAAAACCAAAGGAAGGAGUGAAGACUGAAAAUAACGAACACAUAAAUCUAAAGGUAGCAGGUCAGGAUGGAUCUGUCGUGCAGUUCAAGAUCAAAAGACACACACCACUCAUUAAACUAAUGAAGGCAUAUUGUGAGAGACAGGGACUUUCAAUGAGGCAAAUAAGGUUCAGAUUCGACGGACAGCCAAUAAAUGAGACAGACACACCUGCACAGUUGGAAAUGGAAGAUGAAGAUACGAUUGAUGUGUUUCAACAGCAGACGGGGGGCCGGAUUUAAUCAGCCACACAUGCCGCCGCCCUCCUCUUCAACUUCGCCAGCAUGCCACGCCACCCAGCAGCUGGCUCUCUGCGACGCUCUCAGUUGUGCCGAAAGAAUUCCACGCAGAAGGUUUAAUUUCUCUGCUACACAUAACUGCUGUAUAAUAGUUUCAUCGUUGCCCCUGUUACUUUUCUGCCCGUGUACAUAAACUACAUCCAGAUCACCUCCAGUUCUGGUUCUGGUCAUUUAUUCCAUAAUGUGGUAAAUAAUAACCUCCUGUCUCAGUUUAAAAGGUUUAUUGUAAAGAUGCUGUCUACUGGGGCUUGUAAUAGAGCAAGAGCUACUCAGUUUGAGUUGAGCUCUUUCACUGUCCAAAAAAAGAAGAAAAACUGUUUUUAAGAUAUACAAGUGUGGGGUUGAUUUCACUUAGUGAGCCAUAUACCUAGUUUAUGGAUGAAGCUUGGUUAUUAUUUACUUUUUCUUACCAACAUAAAAUUUGAUUUUAUACUUUUUAUAGGGUAUUGGAUGUUUAGAAAACGAAAAUUGCUUUGUUAAGCUUCAAAUUUGGAAACCGCAAAAGGAUGUUUUAGCUAUCCAAACUCCCAUGUUGUCUAUGAAAAUUGUCUGUUUAAAUAAAGUUAUUGUCUUUUUUUCA